UCCGCCGAAUCGACAUCCAGCUCGGGAGUCCAAGUGUCUGGAAUGCAGCCAAGAUGGAUCUUUUGUGCUCGUCGAGUCGUUGCUCGCUCUCACCAUUCCAGCCUCAGCCUUCCUAAGAGACUGCUGUCUACCACAUCGGCAGAACAUUUAUCAAAAACGACGCGAAAUAUUGGCAUCAUUGCUCACAUCGAUGCUGGCAAAACAACUACCACAGAGCGCAUGCUCUACUACAGUGGAUAUACCAGAAGAAUAGGAGACGUUGACGAAGGUUCAACCGUGACCGAUUUUCUUCCUGCUGAGCGUGCACGUGGAAUUACUAUCCAGUCUGCAGCCAUCACUUUCCACUGGCCUCCUGCUAAUCCAGCCGAUCCGAACCCACCUCUACCACCCACAUUUGAUUCGAUUCCACCGUCUUCCAUCUCACACAACAUCAACUUGAUCGACACUCCUGGCCACGCCGACUUCACUUUCGAGGUACUCCGCUCCUUGCGCGUCUUGGAUGGCGCCGUCUGUAUCCUGGACGGCGUUGCCGGUGUCGAAGCUCAGACAGAAAAAGUGUGGACUCAGGCUGGCCUCUACCAGAUCCCACGAGUCAUAUUCGUGAACAAACUGGACCGCGAUGGUGCCGCUUUUGCAAGAACCGUCAAGGAAGUAGGUGUGAGGCUGCACGGAUGGCCUGCCGUGUGUCAGAUCCCGUGGUGGAAAGAUGGGAAGAGUGAAUUCGUUGGCGUCGGUGAUGUAGUCAAUCUAAGGGGCAUGCUGUGGCAAGGCUCCUCGGAUGGGAGCCAGAUCCAAGCAUUUGAUUUGAAUCAGUUGGAGACCACAAAUAAACAGUUCGCCGAGGAGCUCAAGAAAGCUCGAGUAGCUCUAGUAGAGCUUCUCAGCGAGCACGACGAUGUCAUGGUGGAAAAGUUUCUGGAGUAUGAUGAAGACCACCUGGCAAUCCCGGGCCUCCAAAUUCUACAGUCCCUUCGUCGCGUCGUUCUACAAACCCCCCAAGUGGUCAUCCCGAUCUUCGCUGGUGCCAGUUUCCGCAAUAUUGGCGUGCAGCCUCUUCUGGACAAUGUCGUGGACCUCUUACCCUCCCCACUUGAACGUCCCGAUCCUGAGAUCAGCAUUGGUAACCGAACUAGCACUCUCAACCAACUUCUUACCGCCGGCCCAACACCUAGUGCAAACCCGACCAAAAAGCAGAGCAGUAAAAAGAAUGCUCUGAAUGCCCAGGACAUUCGUAACCUAGCUGCCUGCGCUUUGGCCUUCAAAGUAGUCAACGAUCCAAAGCGUGGCAUAUUAGUCUAUGUCCGCGUGUAUUCGGGCACUUUGGACAAAGGAUCCGUGCUGUUCAACACCAGUCUUUCCACGGCCGAGCGUGCUCCACGUCUCAUGAAGAUGUACGCAAACGAUGCCGUCGAAGUCGACUCGCUCUCUGCAGGCCAGAUUGGUGUCAUCUCUGGGUUAAAACAUGCCCGAACUGGCGAUACGCUUAUCGUAUACAGAGGUCUUCAGCUGAAGGGGCAACCUCCUGGUGAUUUAAGCACUUUGCAGCUCAGGCCCAUCAACGUGCCGCCGCCAGUCUUCUUCACCAGCAUCGAGCCAAAUAGUCUAAGCGAGCAGAAACACGUACAAGAAAGCUUGGAUAUCCUCUUACGAGAGGAUCCAAGUCUGCAGCUGUCGGUUGAUGAAGAGUCAGGCCAAACCCAUUUAGCGGGAAUGGGAGAUCUUCACCUUGAAAUUGCUCGAGACCGCUUGCUGAAUGACUUCAAAGCAAAAGCACGAAUCGGCAAAAUCGAAAUCGGAUAUCGCGAGGCCACCACAAGUUCUACCUCACCAUCCACCUACACCCUCGACAAGCCAAUCGCCGGCAAACCCGCAAAGGCAGCAAUCGGCGUCUCCAUUGCCCCGGCUCUCCUCCAAGACCAAUACGACCCUUCGUCCCCUCAACCCCCCCAAAACGAAGACGAAAACCACUUCGAAACAAUCUACCCACUCCCAGACAACAAUACACUCCACAUAUCCCACCCCAAACUCCCUAGCCACGAUUCUUCUUCCCACAAAUCCCACCUUCCGCCUCACCUCUCCCUUCCAGGUCUCCUCUCCGCCAUUCACGCCGGCGCAAGCGCAGCACUAGCCCGCGGUCCCUUCAACGGCUUCCCAGUGUCAAACACAAAUAUCUCCCUUACGUUAGACACAGCAACGCACCUCUUCUCUACUGAAACCACGCCGACGGCAAUGAGCAUGGCAGCCCGCGGCGCAGUAGCCACGCAUCUCCGCCAAGCAAACGACGCUUCGCCAAACGUCCUCAUGGAACCAGUCAUGCGCGUCACCAUCUUCGUCAACGAAGCGGCCAUGGGGAAAGUCGUGCAAGAUCUCUCCUCGUCCCGCGGCGGUCAGGUCAUCUCUCUUGAUGGCGACGAUUCAUCGUCGUCUUCCUCCCCUGCCUCCGCGGCAGAUGUCCUUGUUAAUCCCGCGUCGAUAUAUACCCCGCCUGACCCGUUCAGCUCGACUGCCACGACGGAUGCGGGGGUUGCGCCGGGACAGUUGGCAGCGGGGCAGAGGCAGAUCGUUGCAAGGGUGCCGUUGAAGGAGAUGGUGGGGUAUUUAAAUCAAUUGAGGGCGCUGACGGGGGGAAGAGGCACGUUCGUGAUGAGUGUUGAUGGGUUUGAGAGGAUGGGCGGGCAGAGGCAGAAGGAUGUGCUGGAUGCGUUAAGGUUGGCCGAGUUUUAA